AUGGAGGCUACUGCUGCCUUAUCAAUUGAUAAAGUACACGCUCAGGGAAAAUAUGUAUUAAGUACCUGGUUGAGAACAUACCCCGGCAAUUACCAAACCGAUGUUGAAGGUAUAAAAUCAAUUGCAACAGCUUCACUCGAAGUGGAUACAGACGGAAAAAUAAAAGCACAAAAUAUAUCUAUGGACAUAAGUUUCAAUAACAUUGGGGUCCAAUUCGAAAAUUCGGGAAUAAUAUCCAUGUUUUUACAGGGACUAUUCAAUUCAAUGGGUAUAUUUUUGUUCAAUAGUAUCAAGCCGUAUAUUCUAAAAGAUGCCUAUACGAAACUAAGGGAAGAGAUUAACAAGAAACUUGAAAUUGUUGCUGGUGAUCUGCAAUUUCCUAAUUCAAUAUCACCCAUUGACAUGAUAUUAAUAAAGGCGAGAAAUAACGUAAUUGCUCUCGAGAAGGAUCCUUACAAGAUAAAAAAUUACAACCAUUCUGUUAGUAUGUUUCACGUAGCCUUAUCUCAAACAAGGCUCACAGGAUUAUCCUCCUUUUAUCGCGAUGGAAAUACCACUUUGAAGAUGGAAAAUAACACAAUAAUAAUCGAUUUGAGCAUCGGUACUCAAGAGAUACAAGGUUCCACAAAUUGGAAAAUAUCUACAUUCAAGGGAUACUUUACAAAAGUUGGAACUGUGUCAUUUUCAAUCAACUACGUACGAAUACGAAUAAUUUUAGGACAGCCUUUGGACACAAGAAAACGACCUGAAUUCAUGAAUCUAGAUGUUGAACUUGGUAAUUUACAAAUACGAUUCGAUGGAGCAGGAACAAUAGACUAUGUAGUUGAGAUGGCCAUAAAUAUAUUACCCAAUAUUUUAAGAAACCAAAUUAUCGUAGCUUUGGACGACUUAGUUCGGAUUAAAAUACAAAGAGAGCUAAAUGAAGUCAAUGUGGAAGAUCUCAUUAAGGAAUUCUUGCCUAUUGUAGAUCAUUUACAAUUAAAAGGAUUUAAUCUUAGUCAAUUUUUUCCAACUCAAGAAGAAAAUCGGUAUGACGAAGACGAUUUCUUUAAUUUUUAA